GCAACCUCAAUAGUUUGAACUCAUCUCAUACAUUGCUGCGACCUACAUACACCCAUCAGACUAUCUUCUUUGAAAUUAUCGCCAUGCGCGUCAGUUCACGGGCCGCGCUUUGCUGGCUUCGCACAGCCGUAGACUCUGAACUUGUCGGCUCGCGUGCUCUUGUGCAAAGGCGUCCACAGCGAGACACAUGCACCAGCCGUCUCUCUUGUCAGAUAUAUUCUCGACUAUGUUACAAGAGGCUUUAUAGCACUAGUUCGCCUCAGCGGGAGGAUACGCGCAACGUUCCUCAAACACAUUACGACUUCUUCCCUACUGCCAUCCCGACUGGACCUCCGCCGACAGGCCCCUUCGCGGUCGAUCUACGUGCGCUCCGCAGAGAGUUCCUCCAGCUACAAGCAAAGGCGCAUCCAGACCUCGCGCCACCAGAACGAAAGCGACAAGCUGAAGCCCUGUCCUCGCGAAUAAAUGAGGCAUACAAGACCCUAAAGAACCCGCUUCUACGCGCACAAUACAUACUCGCAGAACGCGGCAUUGAAGUUGCAGAGGACGCCGGGGCUGAGGCAGUGGGGCAAGAUACACUACUGGAGGUGCUUGAGGCAAGGGAGGAGAUUGAAGAGGCAGAGAAAGACGAUCAAGUGCUCGCGCUGAGGAAGGUCAAUCAGGGUAGGAUCGAGGCUAGUGAAGAGGCUAUAGCUGCUGCGUGUAGCAAACAAGACUGGGACGGUGUUAGGAAGGAGAGUAUCAAGUUGCGAUAUUGGACAAAUAUCAGAGAGGCGCUGGACAAUUGGCAGCCGGGGAAGCCAGUUGUUGUGCAGCAUUGAGACGAUGGUGUUUGGGGACAAUCAAGACACUGCUAGUAAUACAUGAGACCUGCGAAUUAUGAAGGACCUAUAGGUACUGCAUCUCAACAGCUAUAUCGCGUUUGUGGUGCGUGCUGUGUUAUUUCCUUGGUGGGUUAAUGGUCUAGUGGACGUGAUCGUAAUUCUUACUUAGCGGUCCCACAGCGGCAACUUGCUUAAGUGCAACUGCCAUCUGGCUUCAAGCUCUGACAUUUAUGCGCGUCUUUGACUACAACUUCACAUCCUAUAUAUCUUGUUCCACAGCCGUCUCGCUCAUGGCAUAAUGAAGACGGGUCUCUGGGCGCUACCCGCUGUUCUCAAGCUGGUUCUCGCCGGCCAACACGCCUUCAGUGUGCAGGAUGAUCUAUUAGCAUUCCCACAGGUACGUCA